AUGGAGAAAGACGUAAUGAGUACUCCAUCGGAGGUGCUAUCACUGCUCCAACAACCUUUGGCUCUCUCGCUGCUGCUGAAUUGUGUAAUGUUUGUGGCCUUUCGAAAUUUUUCCCGUACUGUGGUGGACCGCAGCCCUGCCAAUAGAGCAGGGUCAAAGGAGGGAGAGCUCCUCGAAAAGCACUUUUCUUUUGAAAAAGAUAUCGUGGUUGAGAGACCAUCUGUUGCCGGCGAUGAUGACCGUGAUGAGGAACCGGCGAUGGAGCGGCAGCAGGCUGGGUUGGUUACUGACUCUCCAAACGAGAAGCAUACCCCGACCUACAUCCAGGAUAUGAGUGACAGAGCCCCUCCGAAGUAUUCCUGUCUCUCUACUGGCACAUUAUUGUUGUAUCUUGUUUGUUUUCUUCUUAUCGCUGCUAAAACACUUUGGUGA